AGAAGAAGAAAGAAGUCAACAAUGGAAGGGAUUGCUCCAUCAUCACUAUCAAACGACGUGGUAGAAGAAAUCUUCUCAAGACUUCCCGUGAAAACCCUAAUACGAUUCAAGCCUCUCUCAAAACAAUGGAGAUCGACGAUCGAGUCCCAAAGUUUCGCAGAGAUACACUUGAAGAUCGCCGAGCGAUCCCACGUGAAUCAUCCCAAAGUCAUGGUCUUCUUCUCCAACCCAUCAUGCACAGGAAACAUCAUACCAAUCACAGAAAACACAAAGAUUGGUUUUAAGACAAUUUGCUCAGAAUCGGGUUCUCUUUUAUCCUUUACUUCUCUGAAUUUUCCUCUAGCGUUCUUCACCUGGUCCUGUUAUUCUCAAAGCUGCGACGGCCUCUUCUGCAUCCAAACCUCAGAAUGUACAUAUGUAGUUAAUGCAGCCACUCGUUGGUUUAGACAACUUCCUCUGGCUAGGUUUCAGAUUUUGAAUGCCAAGCGUUGGUUGCAAUCAGUCCCUUCUGCAGCAUUCGUGAAGACUGCUGAUUACAAAUUAGUGUUUACAGUCACAGAGUGUGAGGUUUUUGAUUUUAGGGCAAACGCUUGGAGACACUGGACUUGCACUCCAAGUUAUCGACUAUUAGGUGGGGAAAGGCCGGCAUCUGCUAACGGGUCGGUUUAUUGGUUUGUAGAACCGUCUAUCAUCGAAAUCAAAGUAAUAGCUUUCGAUAUUCAUACCGAAAAAUUCCGGUUGCUGACUAAGAUUCAUCCCCUUAUUUCUAGUUUAGACUGUUAUCACAUGUGCAAUCUGGAUAAUCGUUUGUGUUUGUCCACAACGCGCAAAACAAAAGACACAGAGAUUUGGAGACUGAAUUCAUCAGAAGACACGUGGGAGAAGAUUUAUACCAUAGAUUUUAUUUCUUCUCCCCUCUCUUGGGUUAACGAUGGGUUUUCUUGGAAAGUGGUGGCAAUAUGCAAGAACAAGAAGAUAUUGCUCUCAUCACAUCGCGGUUCUGGCAAUCUGGUACUAAUUGAUUUCGGCUUGAGUUUCACAUCGACCUUGCCUGAAGACAAAGCUGUUGACUUAUAUGUACUUGAAAGAGCCUUACUCUAA